UACCAGGCAGCCGACCUCCUCCAACUGGACUAUGUGAGAGACACCUGCAGCAGCUACAUGGCCAUGAGUGUGCAGCGCUCCACCUGUGUGGACCUGUACAAGUUUGCUGAUGUCUUCUCUGUGGACAGAGUCCGGAAGGCUUGUUUGCAGUUGAUUCAUAAACACUUUGCUGAGGUUACCUCCAGCAAGGAGUUUUGCAGCCUGAGUGUGAAUCAGCUGACUGAGAUCAUCAGCCAUGAUAAGCUGGAAGUCAAAGAGGAGACAACAGUGUGGGAGGCUGUGGUGAGAUGGCUGCAGCACAGCAGGGAGGACAGACUGUACCACCUGCCCAGCAUCCUCCCUCACAUCCGCUUCAACCUGCUGACCUCAGAUGACACGGCAGUCAUCUUGGAACACCCCCUGAUCAAGGAGGAUCCUGGGAGUUCUGAGGUUGUAAAGAAUGCGGCACAGAAAGGGAACCCCAACCACAAGCCGAGAUUUGGGAUGAUGACAGAAAUGGCUCUACUUUUCUCUAUAAGCGUGCACAAACGCUGGGGGUCAAAUGAGAUGCUGUAUAUGAAUCCGCAGGAAGGGAUGUUCUUUAAGAUCAGAUGCAGUAACGACCCUGAAGUCGUGGCUAAAACUGUCACCAGUGAUAACGAUAUUUACAUUCUGACUGAAGCAUCAGGUUCGGAAGAUGAGUUGUUCCUGUUCAAGUACAACCAAAUGGACAAUGAGUGGGAACAGAAGGCGUCGGUACGAAGGACCCGAGGAGACGACAGGCCAAGAGCUGAGCACCUUGUGGAAGCUGAUGGACAUCUUUAUUACCUUGCUAGAGUUGUUGAUCAACUGGCGGGGAAAGAAGAAGUGUUCAUGGCAAUGGAAAGGUACAACCAGCGCACAGACCAAUGGCACUCCUGUACACAACUGCAGCUAGAGGGAAGAUAUGGAAGAUAUGACCAUGGGAACCAGAGUAACUCAUUUGGUGUGAUAAAGAGGUAUAACGUAGUAUCAUGUGAUCAGUGCAUCUACGUCUUCUCAGACACAGAAAUGCAUCGCUACAACCCAAGCCAGAAGCUUUGGUGCAGGCUGGCCAUGCCAACAACCUUUCCAGAAUUAGGUAUAGUCGUUGCCAUGGGAACAGAGAUCUUCUGUGCAGAACAUCGCUUUAGCAACGUCAUGGUGUACGACACAGAAACAGACAGCUGGCGUGAUCAUGAGCUCCCAACUGUCGAUAGGGUUAAUCAAGAUGACCAAUAUUACAUUGCCUACAGUUUAUUUGUGCUGGAAAAUCAUCUGCACGCGUUGUUGUCCUGCCGCAGUGAAACACGAAUAUGUGUGUAUGACAGGUCUACAGCUACUUGGAGUGACGCAGCGGGACUGCCCGUUCUGCCUCCAGGACAUUGGCAAAGUGCUGGUCCUUGCCCUGUGGCACGUAUGUACUUGCCUUACAUAAAGACAAUAGUGCAACACACCCACGGGUUUAAGAAGUGA